AUGAAAGACCUCCUUUCCAAGAAGAAGAAGCUCAUUAACAUUGAAACUGUUACACUCACAGAAGGUUGUAGUGCUAUUUUGACAAACAAGUUGCCCCCUAAAUUGAAAGAUCCUAGGAGCUUUACCAUUCUAUGUUCAAUUGGAAAUCAUUACUUGGGCAAGGCUUUAUAUGACUUGGGAGCUAGCAAUAACCUACUGCCACUAUCUACUUUCAGAAAGUUAGGAAUUGGUCACAUGAAAUCUACUAUAGUGACAUUACAACUAAUUGAUAGAUCAUUAGCUCAACUUGAAGGAAAAAUCAAAGAUGUCUUAGUUUGUGCGGAUAAAUUCAUUUUUCUAGUUGAUUUUAUCAUACUUGACUACGAGGUAGACAAAGAGCUUGCCAUAAUCUUGGGACGACCAAUUUUAGCCACCAGCCAAACUCUUAUUGAUGUUUAUAAAGGUGAACUAACCAUGCGACUUAAUGAUGAGCAAGUUACCUUCAGUGUUUUUGAAUCUAUUCAAUGCAAGGACAAAGAAGAAUGCCACACUGUCAAUAUGCUAGAUGGUCUAAUUGAGGAAGAAUUCAAUGACCAAAGCACAGUACUUUCUGAAGAGUUUGUAGUGACAUCUGAUGCUUAA